UAAUUUAUAUAUAUAAUGUUCAUCCCGCGCAAGGAGCAGAUGUUAACUUUGUGUUUAUAUAAAUCCAGUUCCUUCUUCUCCUAUACCCACACCCACUAUCAAACUUCCGUAAUGGCUUCCUUUGGCUUAUUUAAAACAUCCAUAUCCCUUUUUUGCUUUCUCAUCUUCUUUUACUUUCUCAUAAAGAAACAUUCUGGUUACAUCAAGAAAACCCUUUGUUACCCUUGGAACUGGCCUGUUCUUGGGAUGCUUCCAACUAUAAUCUUGUGGUACAAGCGAAUCGAUGUUCUCAUCUGGGUCUUAGAGAAGAGCAACUUGACGUUUCUAUUCAAGGGUCCGUGGCUCACUAGAAUGGAUCUGUUGUUCACGGUUGAUCCAGCUAAUAUACAACAUAUAUUGAGCUCGAAUUUCACCAACUACAUCAAAGGAACGGAGAUGAAAGAGAUAUUUGAUGUUUAUGGAGACGCCAUAUUCACUGCCGACGGAGAGCUAUGGAGGAAUAUAAGAAUGUCUUCUAUGGUCAUGUUCAAUCAUCAAGGUUUUCAAAACUUUUCGAUGAGUAUCACAACAAGUAAACUCAAGGAUGUGCUUGUUCCUCUAUUCAAUCACUAUUCAGAGGAAGGGACGGUCGUGGACUUGCAGGAUGUGUUCGGGAGAUUCAUGUUAGAUACAACUCUAGUUGCAAUCACCGGGUCUGAUCCUCAGUCUCUCUCCAUUGAAAUGCCAGAGGUUGAGUUCGCAAAAGCCUUAGAGAAUGCUGGAGAUUCUGUUGUGUAUAGGCAUGUCAUACCAAGAUUCUUGUGGAAGUUGCAAAACCGAAUGGGAUUAGGUCAAGAGAAGAAGAGGAUAGAAGCGGGUGCCACUUUUGAUCGUAUCUGCGCGAAAUAUAUAUUUGCAAAGAGAGAAGAGAUAAGAUCACAAGGGAUCCAUCAUGAUCAUGAUCAUUCCGAUGGAGAGUGUGAAGAUUUUUUAACUUACUUCAUGAAACUAGAUACAAGCAAGUACGAGCACUUGAAAACAAGCGAUGAUAAGUUCCUUAGAGACUCCAUUGUAUCUCUCAUUGUCGCAAUGAGGGAUACCACUUCCACUGCUCUCACUUGGUUUUUUGCUCUCCUCUUAGAAAACCCUAACGUGGAAACCAAGAUUCGCCACGAGAUCAACACAAACCUACCAAAAACUGCAACUAGUCAAGAGAGUCCAUGGUCGGCUAUUGAUCACAAAGAGUUUUUGAACACGUUGGUGUAUCUACAUGCGGCGUUGUAUGAAGCAAUGAGGCUCUAUCCACCAAUUCCGUUGGAGCGCAAGACUUCUGUUAACUCAGAUGUGCUUCCAAGUGGGCACAAAAUUGAUGCAAACUCUACCAUUAUCUACCCUAUUUAUGCGUUAGGGAGGAUGAGAUCCGUAUGGGGAGAAGACGCAUUGGAGUUUAAGCCAGAGAGAUGGAUCUCAGAGACUGGAGGGUUGAGACAUGAGCCUUCUUCCAAGUUCUUAGUGUUUAACUCCGGUCCAAGAUCUUGUUCUGGUAAGCAUUUAGCUAUGACUGCAAUGAAGAUUAUAGUUGUGGAGAUAUUGCAAAACUUUGACAUUAAGCUCGUCAAGGGACAUACGAUUGAGCCAAAGCCUCGUCUGUCUCUACAUAUGAAACAUGGGCUUAGAGUCACGCUUACUAAGAGAUGUUCAGCUUGAAAUGUCUAUGUUAAGAGUUUCUCCAAUAAUAAUCCAUCGGAUAUAUUAUAAAAAAAAGUAUCAUUUAUUGUCCACAUGUACUUGUCCCCCUGGUCUUUGGAAAUUUGUUUUUUCGUGAUUUGAUGAAAUUUAUUUCUUUUUUAUUAUGUAAUAGUGAACAGUGAAGUAUUAUUUCUUAUAUAAAAAUGAAUUCAUUGUGACAGGAA